ACUAGAAGACUUACAACUUUCAGACAGGUUGCUCACGUCACAUCUACGCUGUCAAGCUCAGUUGGAGGCUGCGCAGUAACGCUCAGCCAUCACCGGAAAAGAGCUUCUAAUAAACGGGAGCUGUUGGUCCACUUCUUUAACUGUCUAUGAUGUGAACACGGUUUUCCCUGGUCAUGACUCGAUAAAGUGAACUUUGUCCUGAGCGUAGACCGGACACAUUAACAGUCUAUGUUCCUGAGGCGGGAGACUGAGGUCCGAGAUGACUCAGGUGAGCCAUCAGCAGUGGGGGGAGGCGGUCGGCCUGGGCCCUGUGGACCUGUGGGUCCUCCAGUCCUCCCAGGUCCGGGUGGAGGUUCUCACCCUGGGCGGUAUCAUUAGAUCCGUGUGUUACAGAGGGAAGGAUGGCCAGAUGGAAGACGUAGUCCUGGGCUACGAUCACCUGGAAGGUUAUGUGUCAGAUAAGCGGUAUCUGGGAGCUGUUGUGGGCCGCGUGGCCAACCGGAUCGCACGGGGACGCUUUGUCUUGGAGGGAAAAGAGUACCAACUAGAUAUCAACAAUGGACCCAAUGCACUGCACGGAGGGCUGCGGGGCUUCAAUAAGGCUAUCUGGCAUGCAACAGCAGUGGAAGGUGGUGUACAGCUGAGUCUUACCAGUCCAGAUGGAGACCAGGGUUAUCCUGGGGAGGUUCAGGUCUCGGUCUCCUACACCCUACAGGGGGAAACACUAACUGCAGAAUACCAAGCCAGGUCUACUAAAGCCACCCCCAUCAACCUCACCAACCACUCCUACUUCAACCUGGCUGGACAGGGUGCAGCAGACAUCUAUGACCACACAGUAUCCAUCAGUGCUCAGUCCUACCUGCCUGUGGACGACUCAUCGAUUCCUACAGGAGAGAUCAGACCAGUGGAUGGCACGCCCUUUGACCUCAGAAAGCCUCUUCUGAUUGGCCCUCAGCUGAAGGAAGUUCCAGGUCCGGGGUUUGACCAUAAUUUCUGUCUGUCGUCACCCGGGGACACCUGGACAGAAAGACACGCUGCCAGAGUGUGUCACCCAGCCAGUGGGCGGGUCCUGGAGGUUUCCACCAGCCAACCAGGAGUCCAGUUCUACACUGCCAACUUCCUGGAUGGCUCUAUAACAGGAAAGGGCGGGGUCAGGUACGGGAAGCACAGCUCCUUCUGUCUGGAGACACAGAAUUGGCCUGAUGCUGUCAACCAGGUUUCGUUUCCUGACUGUCUUCUGCGUCCUGGUGAGGACUACAAACAUGUCACUCGCUUCACCUUCACCACCGUGUGAUCAUGUGACCUCUA